GUGAGGAACGUUGAACCUCGUUGACACCAGCGAAUAAAGGAGCUGAAGAAGUAAAAAGCUGCUCAUAUCAAGGGUUCUGUUACGAACAAGCAAACAAACAAAAGAAAACGAUGGCGUUAACGCAGGUGUCGUCCAAUAAGUGCUGCGGUGGAUACCAGAAAGUGUUUGAGCAUGACAGCUCUGAAUUAAAGUGCAAGAUGAAAUUUGCCAUCUACCUUCCUCCUAAGGCUGAAAGUGGAAAAUGCCCUGUGCUGUAUUGGCUCUCCGGACUAACAUGCACUGAGCAGAAUUUCAUCACCAAAUCUGGAAGCCAACGGGCUGCUUCCGAGCAUGGAAUCAUCAUUGUCGCCCCAGAUACAAGCCCACGCGGCUGCAAUAUUGAAGGAGAAGACGAAAGCUGGGAUUUUGGAACAGGAGCUGGUUUCUAUGUUGAUGCUACACAGGAGCCAUGGAAGACCAACUAUCGCAUGUACUCUUAUGUCACUGAAGAGCUACCACGUUUAAUAAACUCUAAUUUCCCUGUUGAUCCGGAGAAGAUGUCCAUCUCGGGGCAUUCUAUGGGUGGCCAUGGUGCUCUCAUCUGUGCACUGAAGAAUCCUGGGAAAUACAAGGCAGUUUCUGCAUUUUCCCCAAUCUGUAACCCAGUGCAGUGUGCUUGGGGACACAAGGCUUUUUCUGGCUACCUUGGACCUGAAAAAUCCACCUGGGAGGCAUAUGAUGCCACUCUAUUGGCUGCCUCAUACUCUGGUCCGGAAUUGGACAUUUUGAUUGACCAGGGCCGCGAAGACCAGUUUCUGUCGGCCAGUCAGCUUCUUCCUGAUAACCUGAUUGCCGCCUGUUCUGAAAAGAAAAUCCCUGUUGUGUUUCGACUUCAGCAGGGCUAUGACCACAGCUAUUUCUUUGUGUUCUCGUUCAUCGAUGACCACAUCAAGCACCAUGCAAAGUAUCUGAAUGCAUAAGAUAGACCAGAAUAACAACAAUGUGGUCUUUCCACAUCACUUUUCACUACUCAAAACAACAAUAAAAUAUUACGUAGUGAUGUAAUAUGUCAGAAUGCCCUGUCUUUCAGGUUUUACAAAUAAAGCAUUUGACCAAG